UGCUUCACUCAGCCUACACUACAGCCUGGCAGGGAGCUAGCUAGCUAGGAUUCCUAGGAGGACUUGGAGGUGGCUCAAACCCUGCUGGCAGUGUUCGCUGCCUCGGAAGUCCCCUCGUAGUUCGUCUGCAGGCUCUCAAUCUUUUUCUAGCUUCACUCUCACCUCUCGAGCUCUCCUGGAUUUGUGUUGUUCACACACACGUGUCUCUCCUUUUAGCCCACAGCAUGCUGUGAUCCGCCAGGCAAUCUGGAGAGAAGCCUUAUUGCUCGCCGCCCGCACUUACCUCUUGAGUCUUCCGUUGAAUCAAGCUGCAGCACGUGCACUCAACAGUUCCAGCUAGCGAGUGUCCUCGAUCGACACUAGCUAACGCACAAGUAGCGAAGUAGCUGUAGCAGCAGCAGCUCUGGAAGUACUGAGCCUGAAGGUGGAACACGAACCACGAGGGCCUGUUGUGUUCAUCGUUCGCUUUUCACUAGCAGCUGAAUAGCCUGUCUUUCGUCCGGAGGUGGAUUGUAACCGUGCAGUAAAGGCCUUUCGUUUGGGAAUUGGGAAAGGGCCGUAGAUCCAUGACACACCCAGAUCGAAGGCGAACAUAGAUUUAGUAUUUGUAUUGAAGAAAAGUUCGCGGGCUAGCUAUUUGCAGCCCGUUUGGAAAGAUGGCGACAGCACAUCCAGUUGCUCCGACAGCGACGAGGCCUCGCAACCGAGCGAGCACCAUCCGGCAGGCUAGUGAUGCGCUAGCUGUGCUGGUGGAGAUGGGCUUCCCGAAGAACCGUGCUGAAAAGGCUCUGGCUGCCACUGGUGCUCAGGGCGUGCAGGCAGCAGCUGACUGGAUCCUGGCUCACGUCUUCGAUCCUGACUUGGACAAGCCAAUAGCUCGAGAAUACGUGCUGUAUGCCAGCCCUGGUGGCGAGCUGGGUAGCCAAUUGGAAGACCUGUGGGCCGAGAGCCUGGCUCAGUGCGGUCGAAACGGUGCGCACAAGUCGUUCCCGCACAUCACUCUCUGCCAGUUCUUCUCCGGCGAGGACAGCAAGCUACCACAGGUGAUGCGUGCCGUUGCGACGUGCGUUCAGGGCAUGGGCGAGCCACCGGAGAAAUUCGACCUGAGCUUCUACUCAUCCGGCUCCUACAUCGGCUUGUUUCUCGAGGACCAGCCGGCGACAAAGUGGUUAAAGACUAUAGUGCAGCGCAUUGCCGGUGAGCUGCCAAAGGUUGGUGUGAAGAUGGAGCCGCACAAGAAACAGCUGCACAUGACGCUGGCAUACCAGUUCCACUCGGACCAGCAGAAAACGCUGGAGACGCUUUGCCGCAAAGUCAAGCCGGACGCACCGGGCAAGUGGGAGCUGCGGCUCUAUUCCCGCGAUCCCCGCGUCGGCUCGGCAGAAGUCUACCGUGUUCUGUACAGCCUAAACCCGCGCAACGACGAUGAGCUGGAGCUCAACGAGGACGACUUCAUGCUCUUGCCGGCUGGUGACAAGGCGGUGGCGGAAAGUGAGGGCUGGUACGUGGGUACGUCGUUCAUGACAGGCGUUACCGGCGUCUUUCCCGGCAACUAUGUAGAGAAGUGUGCCGAGACGGAGUGCUGGACUAUGCAUCGCUCCUGGCGCAUUGCCCGCGAAGUAGAAACCCGAGAGGAGCCGAGAACGGUGGGCCAUAAGCCACGCUCACGGCCGUCGAUCCACCCCGAUCCUGAUCCCAGCAAAAAGGAUUUUGACCCCGCCAAUGGAUACGCACAGAUUCAGAAGCAACCGAAGGCCAAACCGGUCGGUCCGCGUCUGGUUAUCAUGAUUCGACAUGCCGAGCGCGUUGACAUCACCUUUGGUCACCAGUGGCUGCAGUACAGCUUUGACAAGGACAACUCCUAUCACCGGCGAAAUCUCAACAUGCCCAAGACCGUUCCCAUUCGCAAGGGCGGCGCUGCUAGUUUCAAGGGCGACACGCCAAUCACGGAGGUUGGCAUGGUGCAGGCGCGCCUGACUGGCGAGGCCAUGUCAGAGCAGGAGAUUCCCAUCAAUCACAUCUACAGCUCACCAGCGCUGCGCUGUGUACAGACCGCCGAUGCCAUCCUGAAAGGCAUGGGCGAGACGAAGCGCAAGAUUCGCAUCGAGCACGGUCUCUUUGAGUGGCUGGCCUGGUGUCGCGACGGAAUCCCCACGUUCAUGACUGCCGAGGAAAUGGCUGCGUCUGGUCUGCAAGUGGACACAUCCUACAAGGCCAUCAUGCAUAUCAGCCAGAUGAAUGCCAAGGAAAAGCCGGAAGACUACUAUAGGCGAAGUCACAAAGUUACGCAACAGCUCCUGAGCAAAGGCAGAGAGGAGGGUGGUGGACAUACCCUCCUCAUCGGCCACGCCGGUACACUGGAUGCCUGCUCACGUCAAAUGACCGGCUCUGUUCCCCGCUCUGCCCAGGAGCUAACGUCACUCGUGCAAAAGGUGCCGUACUGUGGUGUUGCUGCCAUGGAGGAGAAUGGGAGCGGAGCGCAGGCUACGUGGCAACUUGUGUGCCCGCCAUUCCCGACACUCACGCACGCUCCUAAUCCUCGCUAUGACUGGCGCAGCCUUCGUCAGGAGUAGCGUGUCUACCGUGCACUCUGGCCAGAACAAGCUGAUUAUCCUCGAAGACAGUAUUUAUCCAGUCUCAGUAGGGUUUGGGCAUUUGAGUAAGCAUGCUCUAAAUGCACUUCUGUGCGUGUCCGUGUCCGUGAGUUGAGCGUGUCUUACCAUACUAGUACAGUUCCUGAUUCUCUGAGGACCCUACCCAUAACAUUAUGGUGGACUGCUAGCGUUUAUUGUUGCCGACUUAAGAAAAUCGCCAGGAUUAGGCGCGAUCGUUGUUUUGUAGAAACUGUCCGCCUGGCACUUUGUGGUAGAUAUGUUCCGUGUGCUGUUCCGUUGACGUCUAACACGUAGGUCUGAGCUACUGCUGGAUACCGGCUAUUGAGUUUCUACUUAGGAGAGUAACAGCAUAGUCGUGGAGCUGCUGCUGGCAUUGGACGCAGGUUUCCGGGCAUUGUGUGUGAAGGUUGCCUCAGAAGGUACUUGGCUUCAAAUGGUCAACACCCUUAUCUAUUAAUUUUUACAAACAAUUUGCAAGCAUUGCUUUGCUGCAGAUUGGACUUGAAGAUUUCAAAGCAAAUAUUUUUGUCAAUAUUAUUCAUGCUGCGCGUGUACUUAUAUUGUUGAACUUGCUUUGGCUUCUGAAGAGAGGGGAGGGCUCUUUGCCUCUUCGGAUUUAUAUUGAAUCAUGAAAGUAAGUUUUGAUAUUCGAAGUAUUACAUGCCCAUGUUGUAGCCAUGAUAACCGCUAGGGCCGCGUGACCAUUCUGAGCUCUGAAGCCAUGCGUCGUUCCUGUCACCAUCGCCGAUGAUGAUAGUUGUUUAUAACUCCUUCUUCUUAGGCUGCUGGGUCUCGUCAAUUAUCUUGCAAAUGAUAAUUAUAGAUUUCAAAUUUCCUCAAGUUGAUUUUUAAAACUAAUUUUGUCAAUGUGUUUAUGGAGUACUGUACGUGUAUGAUAGACUCGCAGAUUAUUCUCCUCAUGUUACAGUAACUACUACUGCCUA